CGCAAAUAAUACUGCACAUUCUACGAUGCUGCCACUGGUGAGGUAUUCGCGAAGUUAUUUACAGCCCCGUGCAUUCAAACACCGGAAAGAGGUAUGGGUAUGAGCAAGUUCAUCGGGUUCGUCGUGGGUGGCCUGGAAGCGAACGGAACGUGUGUGUGGUCCGAGCGUUCGUAUGCUGGAUGCGACUGUCGCGAGCGUAGAAGAUGCAAGACGCUUUGUCCGAACGAAACGGAGAGCCUUCUCCGUGGCACUGUAUAGUCGUUCAGAAAAUAAUUGGCGUGUAGUUUUAAGUGAUGCGUCCGAAGAUGACGCUCCUAUUGAUUUAUUAUUUUUUAAUCUUACAUCGAGCGUCGUCGGAACUGGCGCACGGAUUUCCCACUAAUUCGAAUAGUAAUAAUGAAACAUGGAAACAUGGUUUAGAGUUGAGUCCUAGGCACAGAAUUAAGGAUUCCACUUAUCUGCUGGACAGGUACCCCAUGAGAGAAUUACCACCUGAUUCUUUAAAUUGUCAUAGAGCAGCAAAAUGUGUAGAAAUGCAAAGGAGUACUUGUAUGGGUACAAGAUUGUCAUAUACCACUACUACAUUGGAUCUUAUACCUGAACAUGUAACCCAAGAUAUUGUAGAGGAAAAACUACAUGUAUUGCAAGCAUUAAGACAUAUGCCAAAGUGUUGGGCAGUUGUUCAACCCUUUCUGUGCUCAAUAUUUAUGCCAAAAUGUAUCAAUGACACAGUGGAUUUACCAUCACAAGAGAUGUGUAAAAUGGUUUCAGGACCGUGUAGAAUCGUGUUCAAUCACACAAUAUGGCCAAGUUUUGUUAAAUGUGAAAAUACAGAUUUAUUUCCCAGACUAUGUAAAAAUGAUAUUAGAGAAUUGAAAUUUAAUAUUUCUGGUAAAUGCCUAAAGCCAUUAGUUCCAACUGAUAAUGCACUUGCUAUUUUUGAAGGAGUUGAAGGUUGUGGAACACAGUGCAAUGAUCCACUUUUUACACCAGAUGAGCAUAAGCAAAUUCAUUCUUUUAUUGCCUGGGCUGCAGGCAUCUGUGGUUCAUUCAAUUUAUUCACAGUUAUAACAUUUUUAAUUGAUUGGAGAAGUGCAAAUAAAUAUCCAGCUUUAGUUGUAUUUUACAUAAACUGUUGCUUUAUGAUGUCCUGUAUUGGAUGGCUUGUUCAGUUUACAGGAAGCAGAGAAGUAAUUGUGUGCAGGAAAGAUGGAACCUUAAGAAUGAGUGAGCCGAGUGGAGAGAAUUUGUCAUGUGUCGUAGUGUUUGUUCUUGUGUAUUACUCCCUUAUGGCAGCUAUGGUAUGGUUUGUGAUCCUUACAUAUGCCUGGCAUAUGAGUUUUCAAGCAUUAGGCAAAAUCCAAGACAGGAUUGACAAGAAGGGCUCAUACUUCCAUUUAAUUGCUUGGUGUUUACCACUUGUCCUUACUGUUACAAUCAUGGCAUUAGGGGAAAUUGAUGGAAAUAGUGUUACUGGUAUAUGUUUUGUGGGUUACACUAAUCACGCAGUCAGAGCUUGGUUUUUGCUUGGCCCUGUGUUGAUUGUCUUACUCGUUGGAGGUUAUUUCUUAUGCAGAGGAUUAAUUACUUUGAUUCGACUAAAAAUAAGCAGUCAAGAAAUUAUAUCUGAAAGAGCAAGUUCUAAAAUACGAGAGACCAUCGUGCGCACGGGACUAUUCUCGAUUUUCACAUUCGCUGCAGUUGUGGUGACUUUUUAUUGCCACAUUUACGAAUUUCAACAUUCUGAAGAAUGGCGUCAGAGUUUUAGAAAUUACAUGAUAUGUGCAAUAACAACAAAGUAUUUGGAUAUUUCGGAAUGUAAAAUGGAAGUACGACCGAGUGCAGCUAAAAUGCAAUUACAUUUGCUUUCACCAUUUUUUGCUGGUAUUCUUAUGUCUUCAUGGGUGUGGACUGGUUCAACUGUAGAUACUUGGACCAGAUUUCUUAGACGAACAUUCAACUGCGAAACAGAAGAGCCUAUUAGACUGAAGAAACACAAAGUAAUUGCUCAAGCGUUUGCAAAACGGAAGACAUUCAACAACGCUGGCCGAUUGUCUAUCAGCUUUCAUAACACCCACGAGGAUCCAGUCGGUUUAAACUUCGAUCUAAACUCUGUAGCUUCUCAGGAUUUCAGUUCAACGUGGGCAGCUGCUUUGCCAAAACUAGUUACUCGUAGAGGUGCACUCGUCGGUGGUACAACGGGCUCUGUAUCUAGUAACAGGAGAAAUUCUGUAGAUUCUGAAAUCAGCUUUAGCGUACGUCGGGUGUCCGUGGAAUCUAGAAGAAACUCUUUGGAUUCACAAAUAUCAGUUCAAAUAGCUGAAUUGAAGACAACGCGGAAAGUCGCUAGCAGUUCACGCGGUCGACGCGGGAAACGACGACGAGACUUCGGAAAAUCUAGAUCAGGUGGCAAUUCAAAAGUACCGCCCAUUCAAGUGCCUAAUAUGAAGAGACGAUCGGCUAGCGCUGGUUUGGAUGACCGCGUUUUGAAUCCUAAACUAUUCGAUGGGAAGAAUGCUGGGAUGCUGCUUCCGUUCCUAUUUCCAGGGCAAAGUGGCAGUGAUGAGAAUUUAAGUAGUGAGGAGAAACAGCAUCAAGAAAUAUCAGGAAAAGACGUGGAUAUCGAAGGAGGAAAUAUGGAAAAGGACGAUCAAGACAGUGACAGUGAUGACAGUCAACCAGAAGAAGAAGCUAAAAUGUUAGAUCCUGAAGAACCUCAUGAACGUAGCAAGAGUAAAAUUAGCAACAAGAGUUCAAAAAGUUAUGGUCACGAGAGUGAUAGGAGGAGCAGAGACGGCCGUAGGAGUAAAUAUUUGCUCCAAGAUGAAACCAUUUUAAAGCACUUGUUUCAAGAAUCCAGUGAUAUUAAGUUGAAAAGUGACGCAGAAAUAAAAGAGGUAUAUAGAAAAGCUGGAAUGGGAAAUCUGGCAUCUAGUUUAAACUCGUGUUCUCCCGAAUUGACAAGACUAAUGCAGUCCGAAGCGCAGACUGGCAAUGCUCGAGAAAUGGCAACGCAGACAUCGUUGCCAUUGGACAUUUUAGAAAUGGAGGAAUUAAAACAGAGCAUAGACGAGAUUAUCAAUAGCCGAAAUUGUAGCUCAAAGGGAACACAGAUCUCACCGCAAUUAAAUAAAAAUAAAAAUAUCACUACGUAACGUCAGUUUUUCCUCCGACUUUACGUACAAAAACUUUUUGUAAAAAUGAUUUGCGAUACAGUGAAGUUGAAAAUCUGUCUUUUUAGUUGAUAAGUAUUAUACUGCUAGACUUAUUCAAGUUUUGUUUUAGUUUUGUAAGCUUUUUUAUUUUUUUAUAUGUAUAUGUUCUGAGUAUUUUUUAAGGAAGAAAACAACAUAUUUCAUGAAGAUUUAACAGCAUAACAGCUAUAUGUGACUUGUGUUAUUUACAUGUGUGACUGUAUAUGUGUAAUGGUGUAAUGACAUGACUGUAAUUGUAAAUACUAUUUUAAAAUAAGUCAGUCUUAGUAGUAUACAUUAUUACUUUUUAUACAUUUUAUUAUUGAUAAAAUUGCAAUAUAGUAAAAAAUAAUUCGGUGACAUUUUACAAUACUAAAGUUGUAAACGUAUCAUAAGUAUAAUUUUCGCUUGGCUUUUUAUAAAGAACAAUCUAAAUCUAUUUUUAACGUUGCUCUGUAUAUUACAGUAUUCUACAAAAUGCAUAUCCUACUGUACUUAAGUCACAUACAAAUAUUUUUUUAUGUAUGUACAAGUAGAAUUUAUUUUCUUAUUUUAAAUUUGUCCUU